UGGACUAGCUAGUAUCUAUGCCAAUGAUAUCUGCUUUCUUUAAAUUUCAAACAAGUUACGAUUAAAAUUAUAAAAAAAAAUUGGUAUUGACUUCAGCUUAUUAACUUCCCAUUUAAUGACCAACUAAAAGCCAUUAAACUAAGAAUUGAGUUGUUUAUUGACUCCGUGUUUGUUAAUUAUUAUUUUGCGUAAGUUGUGUACAUGUUUGCGGCGAAAGGAUUACUAACUUAAUAAAAAUAAUUGAAUCGAAUUUGAAGUGUUUUUAUUAAACAAUUUUCAUUUAUUAAGGAGCAAUAUGUCGAAUUUAAAUUAUACGACACGCACUGAAGGACAAACAAAGAUUAAUACUAUCAUAUGGACUGUACCAAAUUUUGUCAAUUUACUUGAAAAUAAAUCGACGAGAGAGUUUCGGACUGAGAAACCAAAAGAUCCAGGCGCAGAUCCUAUUUAUUCACGUUUUCACUUGAAGAUGCAGUUUUUAGGACGAGACAAUGAUAUUAUAGAAAUCUAUUACUUAUCACCUAUCCCAGUAUUUUUGAAAUCAAUACUAACUGUUUGCUUAAAAAGAUUUGAAGAGCGAUCAAUAGUUAUAAAGGAAUAUCACACGGUUCAGGCUAACAAAUGGCAAUAUUUAGCUACAUUAUUCAAGAGGGAUAUUGCUGGUUUUGAUGGACGUGACAUUUUUCUAUUAAGCGAUGGUAGUCUGCGAUUAAAAUUUCAAUUUAUUGUAACAAAUGAUAUUAAAGUAGACUAUUCUAAUGUUCCUGAAGCUCAAUUAAGCAAUGACUUUGAGAAUCUGUUAAAUAAUGGUUUGUUCUCUGAUAUCACAAUGAAAUCAGCUGAGGGAAAUGAAUAUAAAGUCCACAAGGCAGUACUUGCAAGUAGGAGUGUAGUUUUGAAGGCUCACUUUGAACACAAUACAACAGAGUGCCACACAAAUAUUGUAGAAUCUUCACUCGAGUCUGAAGUACUUACUGAAGUUUUGACGUUUAUAUAUAGUGACAAGGCUCCAAGAGUUGAUGAUAUGCCUGAGAAAUUGUUGGCAGCUGCUGAUUUCUAUGAACUUAGUAGAUUAAAAAGCUUGUGUGAGGAAGCAUUGCAUAAAAAAUUAACAGUAGAGAAUGCUAUUGAAACUUUGCAGCUUGCAGACUUACACUCGGCUAAAAUACUAAAACAAUUGACUUUGGAAUUUAUUAAGGAUGGCCAAGCUAAGCUUAUUACCAAGACAGAGGGAUGGGCGAAAGUGAAAUCUGUUGAGUUGAUAAAAACUAUUUACAAUUAUAUUAUGACUGAUGAUGUUGAAGCUGAUAUUAAAUAAAUUCCAUAUUAACAUAAAUUAUUAGUAAGUGGUAAUGUCUCUCUUAACCAAUUUUGGCCACGCAAGCCUACAAGUGUGUGCCCAAAUACUAGUGCACUCUCAUACUCUGAUGGGACAGGCAGGGAGCAUGCAUCUGAUGCAGUUAAAUGGAGUAAUUUAGACCAAGGAACAAUUACUUUAUAUGCUUUCUGUGACAUAGAAAUGUUAUUAUUAGUAAGUAGUAUUAGUACAUGUGC